AUGGAAUAUGAUUCAACAAUAGAAUCACCCAUACGCAAUCAAGUUCCAGGACCAGUCGAUGGAGCACCAAGUAGUAAAGUCAAAAGACCUUUAAAUACUUAUAAUUUAUUUUAUUUAGAAAGGCAACCAAAAUUAAAAGCCGAAAACCCACUUUUGAACGGAAAUGAUAUAUCGCGACUCGUCGCUACAGAGUGGAAAGAUUUAACAAACGAACAGAAAAAACCAUAUAGAGAUGCAGCAAAUGAAUUAUACAAUAAAUUCAAACAAGAGAAUCCAAAUUACCAUUACGAGAAAACCGACAAGAAAAAUAAUAAAAAGAAGAAAAAUCAAGAUGAGCAAAUUUUCCCUGAUUUCAUGCCACAGAAUAAUCAGUCAUCAUCAUCGAAUCAGAUAAUGUCAAGUGCAUUACUUCUUGCACAAUUCGUUAUGUCUCGAAAAGAUGUUCAAAAUGAUAUUUUUCAGGCUAUUCAACAAGGAAAAUUCUAUUUUGAACAGACUCCACAGAUGAUGCAGCCCAUUUCUCAGCAAUUACCAACCCAGACAUUUGAUCAAUUACCUCAUAUGGAUUCAAUUGUCACGGAUCUUGAAUAA